GUUUAUCAGGGCCCACGCGAGAACGUUCUAGAAUUCUUCGAGAACAUGGGGUUCAAAUGCCCCGAAAGAAAAGGAGUCGCCGAUUUUCUCCAAGAAGUCACCUCAAAGAGGGACCAAGAGCAAUAUUGGUGCAAGACUAAUCAAAAUUACCGUUAUAUCCCCGUCUCUCAAUUCGCGCAGGCGUUCAAUUCUUUCCACAUUGGUCAAAAUUUCGUGGACGAGCUUAGAGUACCGUACGAUAAAUCGAGAGCUCACCCCGCGGCUUUAGUGAAGGAGAAAUACGGGAUUUCGAAUUGGGAGCUUUUCCGAGCUUGCUUUGAUAGAGAAUGGCUAUUGAUGAAACGGAGCUCGUUUAUUUAUAUUUUCAAGACCACGCAAAUUACGAUAAUGGCCACUAUUGCUCUAACUGUUUUUCUCAGGACGGAGAUGAAAUCGGGUCAAAUAGUCGACGCUUCGAAGUUUUGGGGAGCUUUGUUCUUUAGUCUCAUUAACGUUAUGUUUAACGGCAUGCAAGAAUUGGCGAUGACGGUUUUUCGGUUGCCCGUUUUCUUCAAACAGAGGGAUAGUUUGUUUUAUCCCGCUUGGGCUUUUGCUCUUCCGAUUUGGGUUCUUCGUAUUCCGAUUUCGGUACUGGAAUCGGGAUUGUGGAUUGUGCUUACUUAUUACACCAUUGGUUUUGCACCUUCUCCUGUCAGGUUCUUCAAGCAAUUCUUGGCAUUUAUUGGGGUGCAUCAAAUGGCUUUGUCUUUGUUCCGUUUUAUCGCAGCUGCCGGAAGAACCCAAGUUGUUGCUAAUACGCUGGGAUCUUUCGCUUUGUUGCUUGUUUUCGUUUUGGGAGGCUUUGUUGUCGCAAAAGAUGAUAUUCAAGAUUGGAUGAUAUGGGGGUACUAUGUUUCUCCUAUGAUGUACGGACAAAAUGCUAUCGCGAUAAACGAGUUUCUUGAUGAUAGAUGGAGUGCACCUACAAAUGGAUCAGAGCCAACAGUUGGAAAGACACUACUUAAGGACAGAGGUUUAUUCACAACAGAAUCUUGGUACUGGAUUUGCAUUAUGGCUCUUUUCGGAUUCUCUCUUCUUUUCAACGUCCUCUUUAUCGGAGCAUUGACAUACUUAAAUCAUUCAGCUCUCGGUGAUAAUAAAGCUAUCAUAAGUGAUGAAAGUGAUGAAAGCAAGAAGAAGAGACAAAUUACAUCAAAUGCUCGAGGUGUUCAAAUGUCUGAGAUGAAUGCAACUGCAACUGCAAGUGAGCCCAAAAGGGGGAUGGUUUUGCCAUUUCAACCCCUCUCUCUAGCCUUCAACCAUGUCAAUUACUACGUCGAUAUGCCAGCUGAAAUGAAGACGCAAGGGGUAAACGACGAGAGGCUCCAGCUGCUCCGGGACGCCAGCGGAGCAUUCCGGCCAGGUGUUCUGACAGCGUUGGUCGGCGUGAGUGGCGCCGGAAAGACAACCUUAAUGGACGUUCUCGCCGGCCGGAAAACCGGCGGCUACACAGAAGGAACAAUCACCGUUUCGGGAUAUCCCAAAAACCAAGCAACCUUCGCACGUGUCAGCGGAUACUGCGAACAGAACGAUAUCCAUUCGCCUUACGUCACCAUUUACGAAUCUCUCCUCUACUCUGCUUGGCUCCGUCUCGCCGCUGACGUCAAUACUGAAACCAGAAAGAUGUUUGUUGAGGAGGUGAUGGAGUUGGUUGAACUUAACCCGAUAAGGAACGCGCUCGUAGGGCUUCCAGGUGUCGACGGGCUUUCGACGGAGCAGAGGAAACGGCUCACGAUAGCGGUUGAGUUAGUUUCGAACCCUUCGAUAAUAUUUAUGGACGAGCCCACUUCGGGCCUCGAUGCAAGAGCCGCUGCUAUCGUUAUGAGAACCGUUAGAAACACGGUCGACACCGGUCGUACAGUCGUGUGUACCAUUCAUCAACCUAGUAUCGAUAUUUUCGAAGCUUUCGAUGAGCUGCUGUUAAUGAAGAGAGGAGGACAAGUAAUCUACGCUGGACCACUCGGUCGGCAAUCGCACAAACUUGUCGAAUAUUUUGAGGCUGUUCCAGGGGUAGCCAAGAUUAAAGAAGGAUAUAAUCCAGCUACUUGGAUGUUGGAUGUCACCUCCUCCGCUGCUGAAGGUCAACUCGAUGUUGACUUUGCCGAAGUUUAUGCCAACUCUGCCCUUUAUCGGAGGAAUCAAGAACUGAUAAAAGAACUGAGCAAUCCGCCACCUGGAUCAUCGGAUUUAUAUUUUCCGACACAAUAUUCGCAAUCUUUUUUAACUCAGUGCAAAGCUUGCUUUUGGAAGCAGCAUUGGUCAUACUGGAGAAACUCGCAGUACAAUGCUAUUCGUUUCUUCACGACGGUGGUUAUAGGCGUUAUGUUUGGCGUUAUCUUUUGGCAAAAGGGAGAUCAAAUACACAGGCAACAAGACUUGCUUAAUCUAUUGGGAGCAACGUAUUCUGCUGUUCUUUUCUUGGGAGCAUCAAAUGCUUCGGCAGUUCAAUCAGUUGUCGCAGUCGAAAGAACCGUCUUUUACCGUGAAAGAGCCGCUGGAAUGUACUCGGAGUUGCCUUACGCAUUUGCACAGGUGGCGAUCGAGACAAUCUAUGUCGCGAUUCAGACAUUAGUGUACUCGUUACUUCUCUACUCGAUGAUUGGAUAUCAAUGGACCGGAGAAAAAUUCUUCUAUUUCUACUACUUUAUAUUUAUGUGCUUCACUUAUUUCUCGAUGUACGGUAUGAUGGUUGUGGCUUUAACUCCCGGAUAUCAAAUUGCCGCCAUUGUUAUGUCCUUUUUUCUCAGCUUCUGGAACUUGUUCUCCGGUUUCCUCAUCCCACGUCCCCUAAUACCGAUAUGGUGGAGGUGGUACUACUGGGCUUCGCCGGUUGCAUGGACAAUAUACGGGAUUUUCACGUCGCAAAUAGGGGAUCAAACGGGAGAUCUUGAGCUAACGGGAAAUAUCGCAACGAUGAAAGUGAAUCAGUUUCUUAAAGAGGAAUUAGGGUACGAUCACGAUUUUCUUAUCCCGGUGGUGUUUGCGCAUGUCGGAUGGGUGUUGCUCUUCUUCCUCGUUUUCGCGUACGGGAUAAAGUUCCUCAACUUUCAAAGAAGAUGAUUGUGAGAAAUUAAUUUUGAGGUUUUCGUUUGGGAAAUGUUGUUCCAUAAUUAUUUAUUUUAAUUUGGUUUUGAACUUUGUUUUGAAGUUUAUU